UGGCAUGCCAGAAGCACUUGGUGGGGAAUCAAGAAGGCUUACCAGGGAACAGCUAUUUACAAUGGCUGCGGCGGCCACCAUAAACUUCAGUUCAAUGUUAUGCUAUUCAAUCCUGGGACCCUUUUUUCCGUCAGAGGCAGAAAAAAAAGGUGUCGGUAACACCAUUGUUGGCCUGAUUUUUGGAUGGUUUGCUUUGGUCAAUUUCUUGACUGCUUUAGUCUUGGGAAAUUACCUUGCACGUAUUGGAGCAAAAUUCAUGCUUGUAGCAGGGAUGUUUGUUUCAGGAUGCGUUACCAUUCUGUUUGGAAUGCUGGACAAGGUGCCAAGUAGACUACUAUUCAUCGUUUUGUGCUUUUUAGUAAGAGGAAUGGAUGCAAUAGGUUUUGCAGCAGCGAUGACAGCAUCAUUUUCAAUCCUUGCAAAGGCAUUUCCCAAUAAUAUAGCUACUGUCUUGGGCAGCCUUGAAAUUUUUACAGGACUGGGACUGGUGCUGGGCCCACCUUUAGGUGGCUUUUUAUAUCAAGCAUUUGGUUAUGAGAUCCCUUUCAUUGCACUGGGAUGCAUAGUGUUGGUCUUGGUACCUGUGAAUAUGUGUAUGUUACCAAACUAUGAUUCAAUCUCUGGCAAGGACUCCUUUUGGAAGCUCAUUCUUCUGCCGAAAGUCUUACUACUCUGUUUUAUUAUAUUUUCUCUAAGUGCAUGCUUGGGCUUUUUGGAUCCCACAAUGUCUCUAUUUGUCAUAAAAAAGUUCAAACUCCCAACUGGUUACGUGGGCUUGGUAUUCCUUGGUUUGGCACUCUCGUACUCCCUGUCUUCUCCCCUCCUUGGACUCCUAAGUGACAAACUGCCAUACAUCAGGAAGUGGCUGCUGGUAUCUGGAGGCUUAAUGACAGCACUGUGCUUUUUCAUGUUAGGACCUGCUCCUGUACUGCACAUUGAAAGUCAGCUGUGGAUGUUUGUGCUAGUCCUGGUUUUGAUUGGCUUUUCCCUUGGCAUGAGUGCUAUCCCAGUGUUUCCAGAGAUCCUGCAGUGUGCAUAUGAGAAUGGAUUUGAAGAAGGUCUGAGUCUUCUGGGACUGGUGUCUGGGCUCUUCAAUGCUAUGUGGUCCCUUGGGGCAUUUGCAGGUCCCAUUUUGGGAGGAUUUCUAAAUGAAAAGCUGGGUUUUGAAUGGGCCUCAGCCAUCCAAGGAGGGUGGGCCCUGUUAAGUGGCCUUGCAGCUGGAAUAUUCUAUAUCACUGAUGCAGCAAGGAGAAGUUCCAGUUCCAGCCUGCAAAAUCCUUCUGGUGAUAAUGAAGAAAGAACUCAUCUGAUGGGCAGUGAGACGUAGCCAGACGUACUUUAAAUCUCUGUUUACUAUUGUGGUUUAACCUAGCGUUUUGAUGAGUGGAUUUAACAGUGUGUUGUUAUGCUGAAGCUGGGAUACACAAUCCCUUAGCCAACUACCAGUUGUGGUUUAGUUUUAUCUGCAUUACUACUUUGAAACACGUAACACCAACUGCCUUUCUUUUGGAAGUCUUUAUGUGAAUUGGAUGAAGUAACCCUCAGAUGUCAGCCUGCAUAGUUGUGUUCCAUAUACAGUGCACUGUGUGUGAAGAGGUGUGUUUUCAAAUGUCUGUUUUCUAUACUUGAACCUGCUGUGCAUUAUUCAUGGGUAAAGUUACUAUUUUGCUACCAAGAUAUUUUGUACUUUUUUAGGCAAAGUUGAUUAUCUUGUAAUACUUUAACAAUAUAAAAUGUUGAAACAUAAUGUGAAAUUACAAAGCAUUAAGCACAAUGUUGUUUUCAAUAAAGCAACUUCUUUUUCUCUAA